AUGGCACUCACUCAUCUGGGUCUGUACAACCCACCGGAACAUGAAGAUUAUACAUGGGAAAAUCCAACCAAUUAUGUUCUCAUAUUAGAUGGCUCAUCUCCAUCUCUAGUCCCAAUCCCAGUCCACAUCGUAACAGCAUCCAUAAAGAAGAGACUUCAGGUGGUGCCAUACGCCCAUUUCAUGGAGAAAAUAUUAGGUCUACACAAAGAAGAAGGUGAGGAGGAGAAUAAGGUGUGUGCAGUGUGCUUGGAUUGCAUUGAGAGCAGCCAUGAGAUUAGGGUUUUGUGCAAUUGCUGUCAUCUGUUUCACAGAGAGUGCUUGGACCAUUGGGUGGAUGAGGGUCAGGUGACAUGCCCUCUCUGUAGAUCUAUGUUGCUUCCACCCGAGGGAAAUCUAAACCUCCUCAGAUGUGGUGGCGGUGAUGGUGGCGGCAACGGCGGUGAUCCGUGGAUGGUGGAAAGGAAUGUUAGCUGA